AUGCAUUCCAAAAUCCUUGGCUAGAACAACAAGAAGUCAACUGUCGACGUCGACCUCGCUAGCCUCGGCGGCGGCGUGAACAUCUCCCACAUCUUCUACGAUUUCCAACAACAUUGCUUCGCCCUCAAAGUCGUUGGUAAGAAAUGGAUGCUUCGUCGAAGGUGUCCUCCACCUCCUCAGUAACCCUCCUGUCAAGCUUGACUCCCAAGACCUUCUCCAGAUUGAUAACAAUAAAUUCCACCUCCUCCUUACUGUCUGCAGCAUCCUUGGAAGUCUCUGCCAACCACAUCCCUCAUGCUCCUCCACCCCUUCUGUCGUCCGCUACACAUCUACCCUCUGCAUGGGUUGCGCUGCCUCCAUCGCCGCAUCACUCUUCCAAGAAGGGGCGGGGUAGGGCAUUGAGUGAUUAUUUGGACGAUGACGAGAAAGACAACAAUAGCACUGUUGUUGCUGGUGCUAGCAAGAAAUUACAGAGAGAAGGGAAUGAGAUGUUUGGAUAUGGUGGAUCGAGAGGAAAAACAGGGUCAUCUGGACAAUUAAAGAAAAAGUCAGAAACCAGGUCAAGAGCUACUGUGCUUUCUGAUCUUUGUGGUCCAGUAGAAUGGAUACCCAUGGCAAAACUUCAUUUUGAAAUAGUAGAGCAACAUGGAAAUAACUGGCCUGUCAAUGAAUCCAAGGGAAGGCCAUGGUUUGGAUUGCUUACAUUGCUGAGGAACAUCCAAAACAUUUUGUCAUCGACACAUGGUCCAAGGGGCGUGUAACAUUAGAGUUCGUCUCCUUGGUGUCCUUGCUUUGAUGAGUAGUUUACUUGCAUGAUUGAGUAUUUCCAAUGUGAUUCUUCUUGAGGCAUGGCACUGGUGACUCUGAACCCCUUUUCUCUGUUUUUUCAGUAACAAGUAUUCUUAAUUUAUGGGUUGCUUAAAGGAAAAGUCUCCUCUUCAAAAAAAAAAUGUGUAAUUAAUUAUGAUGGGUAGCAAAACCACAUGUGGUAAAGAGAGUAAGAAAUCAUCAUCACUAAUUCCUUGCUCUCCUCCAUCUUGAGCAUCUUCAAGUGUUAGAAGCCGCACAACAGGGACGAUGUAGGUGUCAAAGCAAGAAACAAGGGACAGCUGCAUCGCAAUGAUGAAGACAGAGAGGGCAUUGGGUGGGUGAACCAAAUAUAGACGAGAAAACCACACAGUUCAUUAUAAAGUUGUAUACAACCCACAUCUUAGAUCUCGAACGGCAAAUUGUUAAAGUUCGAUGGA